UCGAUAGCUCUCGAAUCGCCGAGUCAGUCACGCGUUGCCGGGUCGUAUUUUUAUCGCUCCGUAUUUAUAUGGCAUUUCUCGUAAUUAUUUUCGUACAAUGGACCUUGCGUGUAAUCAAUUAUUGCGUAGAAUCGUCGGGCAUUUCUCGUGAUAUAUUAGAGAUCGUGUGCAAUCGUAAUUUUGUAUCAAUAUCGCGACUUUUUCGUCGACAAUUUCGGUUCGCGUUUGCGGGAACCAUUUCUUCGGGUCGAUCAAUUUGAAGUUGGCUGUGCGUCCUUUCAUUCGUCAUGCGACAAUUUAGUAAUGGCGCGAUUUUAAAAUGAUGCGAGUUCUAUUUCUAUUCGAAAUAGCGCGUAGUUGAGGUGUGUGUUUCUAACCUUUAUCGUUGGUUUCUAACCUACCUUUGAUAUUCGCGAUGUAUAAUUUAUAUUAUUAAUAGAAUUCGUAUCGAAUUAUUAAACGAAAUCUUGCAAUUUGCAUUACGCGAGUGAUAUUUCAUGUUAUACAAAUACCAAAAUGGGUGCUACUAUAGAUUCUAUCUUAUAUUUGUGCCUUGUGGCGGUUCUUUGGGGAGUAACAAAUCCAUUUAUAAAAAAAGGUGCGCAAGGCUUGGAAAAAGUCAAGGCUACCUCUAUUUAUGGACAAUUUAUCAAGGAAUUCACGUUUCUCGUUACCAACUUGAAGUAUAUGCUGCCGUUCAUCAUUAACCAGUGCGGGUCAGUGCUAUACUUUCUUACUCUGCAAAGCACUGAUAUAUCUCUAGCUGUGCCAGUUUCAAACUCCCUUACCUUUGUAUUCACCGCAAUCACAGGCUGGUUCCUGGGCGAGGAAAAAGUGCAUAAAAAUACUUAUUUGGGAAUGCUAUUCAUCCUGUGUGGAACAACAUUGUGCUGUUGGGAUAAAAUGCAGAAAACUGUGGACUUACAUAUUUAAGACAAUAAUAGUGCAUUGUUAUCCUUCCUGUUGCUGUCCGUCCAUAGCCUGUCAAUUAAUCCAGACCCAUCCUGCAUAAUGUGAGUAACACAUAUAAUCCUCCACAAUGUGAGUAACACAUAUAAUCAUUCCAAUAAAACAAAAGCGACAAAUCACGCUUGAUUUCAUGAUUUCAUGGAAUAUAUAUUUAAUAUAUUUUAUUAUUAUUAUAUGAUGAUAUGAUAUAUGAUUUAUUUUAUUAAUCAUGUUACACAAAAUAUAACUCGUUCUCAGUUUUCGCGCAUUUCUACUUAUUUAACGCAUCUUAUGCAUAUAAAAAAAGUAAUGUCUAUAUUAAUACAUAAUAGAUUUUAUUGGCAAUUACAUACAAUAUUGUUAAUAUAUAUAUAUUCAUGAUAUUUACAUGCAAAUCAUUUGAUGAUUUAUAUGUACACAUACACUCGUAAGUAGCACCGAGUAGGAAUGAAAUAAUUGCUAUGGUGCAAGAUGACUAUUUAUGUUGCCAUAGUUAAUUUAUCUCUUUGUCCACACGCAAAAGCGUAUCACAGUGCAACAGAUAAUGUUUAACAUUGCGUGUUUUACUUCUUUACAUACAGUUAUCGAAAAUGGCAAAAAUAUUUCUCAAAUGAAAAGUUUGCAAACAGUAUUAUAACUGUAUUAUAACUGUAAUCUGUGAUCCACAAAUGUAGCGCGACAAGAGUUUAUAUAAAAACGCGAUAAGUUCAAGUAAAAAUUAAUUAAAAAUUAUUAUUAAUAUAAAAAUAUAUACACAAUAAGCACAUGCAGAGAAGAAAUUGAUUUAUGAACAGGAAAAUUAUUGUCGUACAUACUGCCCGGUUUUAUAUUUUUUCAACUGUCGCGAUAAAAUAUUGAAAACAUUUUCUUUUCGAAUUAAAGCUAGUACAUAUAGAAAUGUAAAAAAAAAAAAAAA